AUGUCCGAGCAGAUUCUCGCUGGCAAGACCUGCCUUGUUACCGGCGGAGGCGGCGGCUUGGGCAAGGCUAUUGCGACUCAAUUCCUCGAUGCCGGUGCCAAUGUGGUCAUCUGCGAUAUCAACGAGGAGCGCCUGAAGCAGACCUCGGACGAAUUAUCAUCGAAGGGAUCUCUCAGAGCCAUCAAAGCCGACAUCACCAUCGUCAGCGAGAUUCAGAGUCUCUUCGAUCAAAUGAUUCAAGAGUUCGGAAAGAUCGAUGUCCUGGUUAACAACGCCGGAAUCAUGGAUCGUUUCGACCCGGUGGGCGAUCUGGAGAUUGAACAGUGGGAGCGGGUGAUGAGCCUGAACCUCACCGCACCUAUGAUCCUAAGCAAGCUGGCUGUUCGUAACAUGCUGGAGCAACCCAAGCCCGAUGGUCGCAUCAUCAACAUCGUCUCCGUUGCUGGAAAGGCUGGGUGGGCUAGUGGUGCCGCGUACACUGCCAGUAAGCAUGGCCUGGUGGGCUUGACCAAGAACACCGCCGCUUUCUAUGGAAGCAAGGGUAUUCGCUGCAAUGCGAUGAUGAUGGGUGGUAUGCAGACCAACAUUGCAGACGUGUUCAAGUCCGGCCUUCAUAUGGAGGGCUACCAGAAGAUGAACUCGAUUUAUGAAGCUGUCAACGCCCCAUUCUGUGAUCUCGAUGAGGCAGCUGGAUUCUGUCUGAAUUUGACCUACGGCAAGGGAGCCAGCAUCAUCAACGGGGCUUGCAUCGCUGUCGACAACGGCUGGACCUGUGUCGUCGGGUAA